AUGGAGACUAGCGAGACCCAGACCCAGGAGGAGGUGACCCAAGAGCUGACACAGCCAUUUACACAAGAGGCACUGUGUUCAUCUUCUUCUCCUUCGCUCCGGCCGACCAAGCGUGCCGUAAACGGCGACGACUCGCCGCGGCCGUCCAAGCGGGCUCGGCGUCUCGACGACGGCGUGACGGCGGUGGAGGACAUUGCGGCAUGGCCGACGUAUGCCGCGGCGCACAAGCUCGAUAGCAAGGUCGCGCCGUCUCCAGGCGAGCUGAGCUACGACUACGCGCCCGAGCUCAAUGAAAAGAUCGCGCUGUGGUCGGGCGACAUGACCAAGCUCGCCGUCGACGCCAUCGUCAACGCCGCGAACCGGACUCUCCUCGGCGGCGGCGGCAUCGACGGUGCCAUCCACCGCGCCGCCGGAUCCAAGCUCCGUCGCACAUGCUCGCUGUUGGGCGGGUGCGAGGUCGGUGACGCCAAGAUCACUCCGGGCUUCAACCUCCCGGCUGCCCACGUCAUCCACACCGUCGGGCCCAUCGGCCGCAAGCCCAAGCUCCUCUCACGAUGCUACACCUCGGUCCUCGACCUAGCCAAGGCCGAGGGCCUCCGCUCAGUCUGCUUCUGCUGCAUCUCCACAGGCAUCUACGGCUUCCCCAACGAGCUCGCCGCCCUCGUCGCCCCGGCCACCGUCCGCGAGUGGCUCGAGGCCUCGCCGCUCAACGCCGCUGCCUUUGAUCGCAUCGUCUUCUGCACCUUUCUUCCCACAGACACUGCCCUCUACGAGGCCUCGCUCCGCCGCAUCUUCCCGCUGGCCCCACCGCCAGCACCCGUCGCCGGCCAGGCUCUCCGCCGUGACUCGACCAUCCUCAUCGAGUCGCUCGCCGUCGGCGACUCGGACUCGGGCACCGUCUCUGACUCGGACAGCGACUCUGACUCGGCCACCGAGUCGGCCGAGCCCGAGCCCGAGCCCGAUCUUGUGCCCCAGCCCCAGGCGCAGCCCCUUCCUGUCCAGUCUACCGCCAAGCGCAACUCGGCCACUAUCACCUCGUUCUUUGCGCCGCAGUAG